AUGGUGGUCGUCCUUGGUCGUCCAGUCGAGCGUUCGCUCAUUCACGUUUGGGGCAGCCGUGUGAAUAUUCGGGCCCUCGGCGCUGCCGCCCGAGUCGCGCUUUGGCGCGCGGCGAGCGAUUGCAGACGCGACGCACUCCGCGCGCCCACGACGGUUGUUCUGUCCUACGAGCAAGAUCAGUCGAGGAUUAGGACGAGGAUAAAGACGAAGACCAAUGCGCCUCGCAACCGCUUGAAAGUUCGCUUCCUCGGUGCCGGCUACCGUAUGUACGGCAACCCGCCUGCGACAGCGACGAGCGCGAACAGACCUGGUAGCGAGACCCGCGGGUUGACAAAGCCAAAGCCUCCACGCAAGUCGCGUGCAAGGGCUACCGCCUCGAACGUCGCCUCAUUUAUCUCACCCAGCGAAGCGAUGUCCCUGCGCGCGCUAUCUUUACGUGCCGUAUCGGAGAACGCCCCUGCAAGCUCAACCGGAUCAGUAGCCCAACUUAUCGACGUCGACGCCGCCCCUCUCCUCUCGCAAGAAGAAUUACAUAACCAAGCAAAGGUCGGAGCCGCCCACAGCUGGAGCUUCGUCAAAGGGAAGAACACCCGUACGCGCAACCAAGAUGCGCUCCCAAAGCCCUCUGCGAUGCGGCCGCGACCCAAGCUGGGCACGCUAUACGAGUUGGCGACGCGCCCCGCGCACUCCGGCGCCGGGUUAACGGUCACCGCUAGCACAGCGCAAAACAUCCGUUCGGCCUCACCCGACGAUGACGAUUCACCGACAUCUGUGAACCAUGCGCUUACCGCCGCAGAGGUCGAGAGCGAAGCCCCGGAAUACAACGCGUGUAGGAGUUGCUCCUUCUGGAUUUCUCUUCACAUGAUUUCGGAGGGCUCCAAGACGCCUCUUGAUCGUUACCUGCUCGGGUCGUCAGCGUCAGUGUACAUCGUACGCAUGUCAAGAAUCUUGAUAGUUUAA